AUGGGAGCAGCUCAAACGUGGUUUUCGUCAUUGCCAGCAGGGUCCAUCAGAUCCUUCGAAGAAUUUGGUGGAAGAUUCCUGCUGAGUUUUGCUACAAGCAAGAAACAACCAAAGUCAAAAUUCGCGCUGGGGAAAAUAAGGCAACAACCCGAUGAAACCUUACAAAGAUACUUGGAUAAUUUUAAAAUGGCAGCCUUGCAAGUUCCGGGACUGUCUGAAAAUGUCCACCUAUACCUAGUGAUAGCAGGAUUGCAUGGUUCCUCUAGAUUGGCCAAGUCUAUAUACAAAGACCCAGUUCGAACGCUGGUAUGGUUCACAGGCCGGUCAAAGAAGUAUCUGGAGCUUGAACAGAUGGAGAUUGAGAACAUGGAUCAGAAGCAUAAUCCUAACCAGAUAGAUAAGCCUGGAAAUCAAAGGCAAAAUGAAUUCCGGGGUAAAAAACAAGACGAAAGAAUUCCAGCAAGGGGAAGAUUCGAGAAGUACGCGCCCUUAAAUUCACCAAGGUCACAAAUCUGGAGAGAGGUGACCUCCACCGAGAUGAAAAAGGUUGAUAGACCUCGGCCUUUGCUGAACCAAGCCGAGUUAGACCGUCGGUAUUGUGCGUUUCAUGAUAGACCCGGGCACACUACAGAUGGAUGCUGGGAUUUGAGAGACGCAAUUGAGAAAUAUAUCAGAGACGGUAAGCUGCGUUAG